ACCUGAUUUCUGCAAGUGCUGUUUGGUUAUUGAAUCAGCUAGAUGAACGAGACCACACCUUUCACGAACCUGGUCGAGUGAUUCACUCCGAAAUGAUGGGUGGCAGCAAUACAAAGUCCACUUUGGCUGCAUAUAUUUACUCUAGUCUGAAGGAAGGCGUGGCAGAAAUGACCUUGAGAACUCCAAAUCUUGAUAUCAAAUUGGCUCUUGUCCUGAGUGCAAUGGAAGCUGACUACAUGCUGAAUAAAGAUACUUGGGUAGCUCAACGGAAGUACUUUCAACUGGCAAUACUGGCAUAUGCUUUUGCCUUGGGGGAGAGUUCCUUAACAUCUGAUGUUCUGCAGAAACUUGAAGAUCUCUCUCAGGAUCAGGAUGAUAUGAUGUACUGGAGCACAGCCACACAGUCAGUCUAUAAGGACAACGGUCGUCUGUACCGCAGUCUGCCUUCAGGACCAUCAGACAUAGAGACCGCCUCCUAUGUCAUCCUAGCUUACACCAAGAUGGACAAUGUUAUAAAAGGUCAACGUGUCCUCAGGUGGCUUAUGUCACAGAUUAAUGGAGCGGGUUCCUUCAAAUCUACCCAGGAUACAGUGAUAGGACUCCAGGCUAUUGCAGCAAUAUCCAUCCUGAUUGGAAAGAGCAGUGCCGGGAUGAACCUCACUGUUGACACAGAUGGGAUCUUAAAUAAGAUGCUUGUUGUCAACGAUGAUAACAAAUUUCUCUACCAGAAGGAAAAGCUGCCAGAUGAUAUUAUGGAGGUGCCUUUCACAGUAAGUGGCAGAGGUGUUGCUCUUCUCACGCUGAAUUGGAAGUACAAUGUUAUGAGACAACCAUUGAACAGCGUACCGACGUUUCAUAUCAAGGCAAAGACCACCUUUGUCAACAGCAAUGUGUUUGAUGUUGAGAUCUACAUCCGAUUGUUGGUUAGUAGCAGUAUUGGACAAAUGGCUUUGGUAACGUACAAGGCUCCAUCAGGUUUUGUAACAAACACCGACACAAUCCAAGGAGCAGAUCGUGUGGAGAACAAAGAUGGAAAAGUGAUCAUCUACGUGAGCAACAUGCUGAUGAGCAGAAAAGAGUUUCGUAUACAGUCGACCCGAGAUAAGGAUGUGGCAAGCGUCAAGGACGAAUUUGUUUCGGCUGAAAUGUACUACAAACCAGGUUCAAGGUCCAUGGUGAAAUAUGAAAUCCCAGAGGAAGUGAAGUUGAGUGCCUGCCAGUUAAGUAAAGGUGAAAAUGACGUAUGUCCUCUACCAGGAAAUCCUAGUGGCGCACCGGUUACCACUCCUACCAAGCUUCUCCUCACCCUGAUGUCCAUCCUGAUGUUGCUAACAAAUUUAAACUAGAAUAACCUCCCCCUGAACAUCUGGUAAACUGUAAUAAUGCAGAAAGAGUAAUUAGAAAUGUUUAGACAAUUUCUCAGUCAGGAGUUCUAGUGUAUUGUUGCUGUAUUUUGAACAAGGUGUGAUUGCAACAUUUUCAACUUCAAAAAAAUUAACUUGAGCUUUUGAAAUUCCUUGUCAUUUUAGCCCCCAGAAUUGAAAUUUAAAUCUUCACAGAUUUAUGAUAUAUUGAAACAAUUAAAGUAUUUUCAAAACUUUUAUCACAAAUGUAUACUUUUCAGUAAGGGGCUGUAGUUGUAGAAUUUCUGUAUCAUAGCACUGAAUGGAUUUUCAGAUUUCAUUGAAGAAACUUUUUGAUAACGGAUUUUCUGUCAAUGUACAUGGUUGAGGUGGGCUGGACCCAAAAGGAUUAGUCAGAACUUAUAAUAGGGGAAGAAUGAAACUAUCAGUAGAUAUGUUUACCUUGAUUCUGCUGAGGAGAAAAAAGCAUACAAAAUGUUACAGGAAAAUAAUUUUAAAAUCUUAAAAUCGUCUGUGUGUGGAAUUCAGAACAAAGUAGUGGAUAUGAGCUUCUGUCUUUCAUUAUUUCCAUGCAGUUGUUGUCCAUGAUGCACAGUGCUUAAGGUCAACAGAAUAGUUGAGUGAUUUUUUUUAUCCAAAAAAGGUCCAGUAAAGUUUCAAACAGUUCUGCAUUUUGUUUUCACCUCUGUGUGAUUUUUUGUCCCAAGUCAGUAUGAGAAAUGACAGUAAAUGCUUGCAGUCAUAAAGUUUUUUAAUUCUUUACAUUCCUUUAAGCAUUCCUUUUGUGUUUUUCUUACUUUCGUUUUUCACCCUAGCCUAUGCGAAAUCAAUAUUUUUAUUUAGAAAGAUUUCAUUUUUUCUCCCUAAAAUCAUUUAGCAACUUGAGUUCUCGAUGUUUUUUGAUGCCUACUGAAAUAUAUACCCAUGAAUCCCUCAUAUGGUAUUUUCUGUACUUAUGUUUUAUUUUUAUAGGUAGAAUAUAUAUGUAUAUGUAAAUUUUUCAUAUUUCUUUUAUCACAUUUAUAGUGUCAC